AUGCGCUCCGAGGCUAUCAACACGCAGGGAGGCGCGCCCGGGGACCGGCCGCCGGCAGCACCGGACGCAGCCACAACGAAUGUACCUGGUAACGUCGCUGUAGUGGCCGCCUCGUGCGUGCCUUCCAGCUCCACAGGCGCCGAGUCGCCCGCAACGCCCAUGGAAGUGGCGCUCGCGACGCACGCUGGAAGCAGCAGCAGGACCGGCACGGUGGAGCAGGAGCAGAAGCCGGCCAACCGACAGCAGGACGAGCCCAUGACGGCGUCGCAGGUGACGCAGAUGCAGAACGAGCAACGGCGCGAGCGCCACUGGCGGCGAACGGUGCACAGCGAGCUGAGGGACCGACUGGUGGCCGCCAUGAUGGAGCAACUGCAGAGGAUAACGGGGGACCCGGAUGUGCGGCAUUUACGGAUGUGUGCUUCCCGCUACGAGUCGUUCGUGUGGAAGAAGAGCGCCAGCCAAGUGCAGUACAAGCAGAAGUUAGAGCAUCGCAUCGAGUCACUGCGCCGCCAGCCAUCGCACGGCGAGAACGGAGGCGUGGAAGUCACGGUUCGGCUGGUGGAAGGCCACCGACUGAAUCUGAUUCGGUCGCCAAAUCCGACUUUGCAGAGACAACCGGUCACUGCUGCAGCGAUGCCGGUGGGGCCACCUUUGGUGCCGUGUCCUUAUAGCCGACACCAGACGCAGCAAGAGGACAGUCUCAUUAGCGCGGGAUGCUCGCCCAUCGGGGACCUACAUCGACACAGCAGCCGAUCCAGUAGUCGCAAGUCGAGUAGCUUCAGUGGCGGCAAACGAUCCGGCAAGAGGAAGACGCGAUCCUCUUCCUCGUCAUCGUCCUCCUCGAUGUCUUCGUCAUCAGAGACGGACGCUCGGCGUGACGAGAUGUACUUUGCCAAGCUGCGCCUGAUGAAAACUCAGUAUCGCGACGAGGUCGCGUUGGUGUUUCGGGAGCUCUGUCGCGUUAACACGGUGAUUCAGCACUCGGCCAGUCUGCGGCGCCACGAGUCCAACAACCUGGGCGACUUCCUGGCCAACCUGAAGAAGAUAAUUUAUUUGCUGGAGCAGCAGCCAGGCGAGGCGUGCGGCAUGAUCCCGGCUCGCAAGCGCACUGUCGAGUAUCUAGACGUGGUCGAGUCUCACAUUCAGCGCAAAGUGCUGCCGAUCCUCCACCGCCUGCGCCACACGUACUCCACCAUCCUGCGCCCCAUCGUGCUCAACUACAUGAAGAACAGUUUCCGGUACAACCGACGAUUUUAA